GAUAAUAAAUGUUUAUUUUUUUAAACCAUUGAAUUUUGGAGUAAUUUGUUAUGCAGCAAUAAAUAAUUAAUACAUUUUCUAAUUCAAAUGUCUGUGGAUGUUAUAUUCAGUGCUCCAAUUCUUCAAUUUGCUUUGCCUGUGUAAGAGAAAGAAAAAAAAUUGUAAAAUUCAAGGUGUACCACAACUGAAAAAUUAACCUAUAGAAGAAAAUUAUUAAUUUGUGGUAAACCAGUUUAUUUUAAGAAAACAUUUUGUCUCUUUGGUUUGCCAUUGUAGCUUGAGCACCUUGUGUAAUGCUUGGUACAUAAUAAGACAUUAAAUAAAUAUUAUUAAAUGAAUGAAUCAAUAAAUUUGCUUCCUCAGGUUUUAAGCUUCUGGGGGACAAAAACUAUGCCUUAUUCAUCUUUGUAUCUCCCUCAUAUGGCAUAAUUCUUAACGCUGAACAUGCACCAUUCACUGUUGAGUUAAAUUGAACUUAACUGAAAUUCUUGUUGAAGUAAAUGAUCUGGAAAUGGAAGUGAAAAAUCAUAGCAAAAAAUUCAUUUUAAACGUUUAUAUUGUACAUUGACUAGUGGUGGUUUUCAAGCCCCAUCAACCUAUCACCAACCAACAAACAAAAAACCCUAAAUUCACACUCCGUUGCUGCAUGGCAGACCACAUGGAUUUUUGUAAUUUCUACCAAGACAACACAUCUUCAGAUGUUUCUAGGGAAUCUUUAUGAAGCAAUAUACAAUGGUAGGAAUUUUACUGUGCUUGGGUUGUAAACUAUUGCAAGCUGUUGUAUUUAGUAGAUUAUCUUCACAGGCUGAGUAACCUGUAUUGCUCCUUAUCCAGUUGAGCCUUAAGCCAUUUCAAUAGAGCCGAAUUUUACGAACACAGUGAAUUUAAACACUUAUUCACUCUUACUCACUCACUCAUGCAACAUAUAAACUGAGCAAUUCUCUUCCUCUUUGGGAGAUAAAGCGUAUCCAGGGUGUAUCCCAGUGGUUUGGAGCACAAGCCAGACUUCCUAGGUGCAAAUUUCCAGUGGAUCCCUUACCAGCUUUGAGAUCUUUGGUGUACGUCUUAAUCUCUUGCCUUAGUUUCCUCAAUUGUAAAAUGCAGAAACUAAUAGUACUUACCUCACAAGGUUGCUGUGAAGAUUAAUACAUAAAAAUUGCCUGGCACAUACUAAGCAUGAAUAAAAAUCAGUUGUUAUUGCCUUCAAUGCCUACCAUGGACCCUGGAACAUUGCAAGUGACUUGUAACUUUUGAAUGAAAGAAUGAUGAAUAAGGUGAGAGUUGUGUCUAAACUAUGUUUUGUUUUUUUUUGUAAUUGCAUUCUUUGAUCAUACGAAAGUUUUGAUUGUUCACUCCUUUUUAGAAAUUCCCUAUUAGAUCAAAAAGAGGCAGAAUAUGUUCUUUGAUAAAGGAUAUACAGGUAAUAUUGGCACAUGAUUACCUGGAGUCGGUGUAUUAGUCUGUCCUCUCACUGCUAUAAAGAAAUACCGGAGAUUGGGUAAUUUGGAAAGAAAAGAGGUUUAAUUGGCUCAUGGUUCUGUAUGCUAUACAGAAAGCAUGGCAGCAUCUGCUUCUGGGGAGGCCUCAGGGAGCUUUUACUCAUAGUGGAAGGCAAAGCGAGAGCAAGUGUCUUACAUGGCAGAGCAGGAGUGAGAGAGAGAGGGGAGGUGCCACACACUUUAAACAACCAGAUCUGGUAAGAACUCAUUCACUAUAAAGUACCAGGCGGGAAUGGGGCUAAACCCAUUCAUGAGAACUCUACCUCCAUGAUCCAAUCACCUCCCACCAGGCCUCAUCUCCAACACUGGGGAUUACAAUUCCACUGGAAUUUGGUGAUGACACAGAACCAAACCUUAUUAGUUGGGAAUUAAACACACACACUGUGGGCUAAGGGGAAUUUUGAUUUUUCAUUUUAACCCCUUCAUAAACGGGGACAUGGCAGACAGGAGUCAAAAUAGAAAGGAGCAUGGAGACUCAGACUUCCAGGUAUGCCUUACUGAACCUGUAGAAGGUACAUUCUAACUAGCAAGCAGGGCCAAGGCUCUCCCCCUUGACUGCAGGCAAUACCUGGGGAAAGGUGAGGGGUCUAAUUAAGCCUUGCAUCCCCCAAACUUGGCAAAGUGCCUGGCAGAGAGUAGGAAGAAAAAAAAUUGUUUUUAAGGAAUGAAGUAUUAGACGAUCAAGGCAACCAGGAAGGCUUUGGGUUGAAAUAUUCUACCUUUGGUCACAAACCUUCCACCUGUACCUCAACUUCCACUUACAUAGGCUGACUGCUCAGUUACCAAGCCUUCUCCUUAGAAAGACUUCCUUUCAAUGCAAGCAGCAGAAAAAAGCGACUCAGCUUAAACUUCUCCUGGAGUUAUGGGAACCGCCUCCUUCCUCUGUCGCUAAUGGAGGACUAAGAUGGGACUGGGAGCAAAGGAGCGUCUCUGAAUGGCGGGGCAGUUGCAGCAUCCCACUUGGCAAGGGUCCUUUAAUUACCUCCGCCCCCGCCCUAACCCCGCCCUAAACAUCAAACUUAGAAACUCAUCUUUCAGCAGCAGCGCUAGAGCAGUGACCAGGCGUCUCCGCGAUGGGCCCCGGGGACUUCCGCCGCUGCAGAGAGAGAAUUUCCCAGGGGCUCCAGGGACUCCCAGGUAGAGCGGAGCUUUGGUUCCCACCUCGUCCCGCGUGCGACUUCUCCGGGGACGGCGGGAGCACGGACAUCCAGGAGGAGGCCCUCGCCGCCAGCCCACUGCUGGAGGACCUCAGACGACGGCUGACGCUCGCCUUCCAGUGGGCGGUGCAGCGCGCGAUCUCGAGGCGCGUGCAGGAGGCGGCGGCGGCGGCGGCGCGGGAGGAGCAGAGCUGGACGCGCGUCGAGGCCACCCUGGCCAGGCUGCGGGCGGAGCUGGUGGAAAUGCAUUUCCAAAACCACCAGCUGGCUAGAACUUUACUGGACCUAAACAUGAAAGUGCAGCAAUUGAAAAAGGAGUAUGAACUGGAAAUUACAUCAGACUCCCAAAGCCCAAAAGAUGAUGCUGCGAAUCCGGAAUAAAGAAAUGCACACGCAAGGGCUGGGCGCGGUGGCUCACGCCUGUAAUCCCAGCACUUUGGGAGGCCGAGGCGGGCGGAUCAAGACGUCAGGAGAUUGAGACCAUCCUGGCUAACACUGUGAAACCCUGCCUCUACUAAAAAUACAAAAAAUUAGCCAGACGUGGUGGCAGGCACCUGUAGUCCCUGCUACUCAGGAGGCUGAGGCAGGAGAAUGGCAUGAACCCAGGAGACAGAGCUUGCAGUGAGCCGAGAUCCUGCCACUGCACUCCAGCCUGGGUGACAGAGCAAGACUCCAUCUCAGAAAAAAAAAAAAAAAUGCACACGCGAAGCUCUGGAUCCUAAAACUAAUGCAUACGACCCUGAAACAAUUCUGAUGAACACAUUAUGCUUUGCAUAAGUUUUGAGGGGCAAUUUAUAGACCCAAAACAAAUGACAGGGGAAGGUGACAGAAAAACAUCUAAGAGAGGGGAGAGAAAAAUGAUGUAUUACCAAGUUUUAAAGUUAUUUAUUUGUUAUUUUUACUGGGACAUAGAAGUAAAAUAUAACUAUAGAUAAAUCUCUCUCUGUCUCUCUCUCUCACUCAAAGAACGCUUUAAUGCCAACUUUCGGUAUUCAACCUUGUGUCACCCAACCUUUCUGGCAUUGCCUGAGCUUUCAGAGUUCGUGCUUGUUUUGUUUUACUUGAUUAUUCUCAGUUUGUCUGUCCAGCAGCCUGCCCUGCUUCUUGUGGAGAAUUGUUUCUACUUGGAUUCUAACCAUGCCCUUUAGGUGGUCUGUGACUAAGGGUAUUCCAUCUUCCUGGAUGUAGUCAUGCAGCUCAAGGCAGGCAGAUGGGUUUGUCCUUAGGAUUUUUGAAUGGGCACUAAAAGAGUAGAUGACUAUUUCUGCCAGUAGAAGCUGUGGAUCAGGGGCUUGGAAGCUGCUGGUGGUCACCAUGUGAGAAAGCCCACACCCUAAUGGAGGUGACUGAAACGGAACCACUAAAAGCACAAAACGGGGGGAGGGAGGGAGGGUGCUUCGCUUCCUUGUUCCUGGGGUCAAGCUGUAUAAGACUCCAGGCCUUGCUCUUGUUUAUGUACAUGAAAUAUUCUGAUAUCCUUCUCAUAAAAUCUCUUUUUGCCUAAGUAAGUUCAAGCUGGAGUUUCAUAACUUGUAUCUAGUGUUCAUAAUUAAUACGGUUGUUCAGUUUUAGGAGUUAAAAUGGUUCUUACUGUUGAAUUGGACUAUCUAACUGUACCCGAAAAGUGCUGUCUUUUUAAUGCAAACAGUAAAGUUAAUAAAAAAUAGUUGCAGAUCUAA